AGCCCUCGCCGUGGAAGCCCUGCAAAAAAAAAAAAGAGAAAAACCCGUAUCGGAACUAUAGUGUUUAUAGCGUUCGUGCCCGCACCCUGGCAGCUGAGUCGUUAAAGCUGAAUUUCACAUCCCUCCAGUUAAGCGACACCGAGGGCAACGAAACGAGGAGGGCAUCGUCUUACCGUCAUCCCGCAUAGAAAAGCUACUUGAAAAAGUGGAUUUGGCCAAAACCCACAAACGCUCAUGUUUUCUCCGAAGUACUACGGUAACCCGUUCGCGGGCGACGACGACGAUCUGUGCUACGGCGAGAUUAUGUCCGAUCAGAGCGACGUCGCCAGCAACGUCGGCCACGCGAACCGCGAAUGGCAUGAGAGGCGCCCCUCGCUGCCCUCGAUGGCGACCGCGUCGCGGCGCAACGCCACGGAGGUGCCGAGCGCUGAAAACUCUCACUCUGCCAUCCGCAGCGGGGGCGACGGGGCACCGGUGACCCACCGCGGACAAGUCGACACACGCGACUACGAGGGGUACAUCGCGGAGCUGCGGGAAGAGCUGGAGAGCGCGAACGCCGAGAACAGACGCCUGACGGCGGCGCAAACAAGGGCGGAGACCCGCGCACGCAGCCUCCUCUUUGAGAAAGAGAACGCCGAGUGGCAGCUUCAGCAGGAAAAGGAGCACAGUCGUACGUUGGCGGAAAAGGUUUCCGCAUUGGAGGCGGAGCUGGAGCAGAUGACCUACCGCGAGAGCGGGGUCGCGCACCGUUGGGAAGCGGCGCCGGGUCACGCAAAUCGUGAACUCGGCACUUCGUCCCGCGAGGCAGAGCACGCCGCCCCGCCACACCGCGGACACGUUGAUCCGUACGCAUCCUCGCUGAAACCGCAGCAGGCUUCAAACAGCGGCGAGGACGACUACGUUGGGUCACAUCCCGUGUCGCCACCGCUUCAAAAGGGACAGCAAGGCAUGCGGGCACGUGCGCAGCUGCAGCAGCGACAGGCAGCCUACUGGGCAUCGCGCGGCGGCUCCUUCGAGCGGGACGGCACGGACGCGGCGCAGACGGCGGCACCAGAGGCGGGAAAGAGCACAGAGCUGACCCCCGCCGCACCGGGCGCUGGCCUCACUCGCUCUCUGCGCGGACAGCGUAGGGCGGAGGCCGUACAGGAGAAGCUUUUGCAGCAGCAGCAAGCUGCAGAUGAAAAGGCAGCGGAGGUGAGGGAGUUGGAGGAGCUCCUGCAGACGCACUGCCAGAAGCGCGAUGAGCUUGCCACGCAACUGCAGCGGCUCGAGUCCAUGCGUCUGCGCACUGUGGCGGAGAAGAGAAAGAAAGCCGCGGUGGAGACGAAUCUUGAGGAAGAGGAAAAGACAAUUGGUCAUAUUCGGCUCGAGUUGCGCUCGCAUUCAGCUCUUCUGCGGUAA